GCCGUCACCCUCCGCAGCGCCAUGGCCGACGUGAAGGUGGCCGUGCUGGGCGGCGGCGGGGCUGGCAAGUCGGCGCUGACGGUGCGGUUCCUGACCCGGCGCUUCAUCGGAGAGUACGCGUCCAAUGCCGAAUGCAUCUACACUAAACACUUAUGCCUGGAUGGGAGGCAGAUUCACUUGGAAAUUUAUGACCCUUGCUCUCAGCGGGGGAAGCUCUCCCUCACCGACGAGCUCCACUGGGCUGACGGCUUUAUCAUUGUCUACGACAUCAGUGACAGAGCGUCGUUCGCGUUUGCCACAGCGCUGCUCUACCGCAUCCGCGAGUCUCGCCUGGGAGCCUGCAAAAAGAUGGGGGAGUCAACAGUGUUUCUGGUUGGUAACAAACAAGAUUUAUGCCACAUGAGGGAAGUCGGCUGGGAUGAAGGACAGAAGCUGGCAAUGGAUAACAGGUGCCAGUUUUGUGAACUGUCAGCUGCAGAACACUAUCAGGAAGUAGUGGCAAUGUUCAUGAAAGUCCUAAGAAAUGUCACCUCAAAUUUCAAAGUGAAGGAAAAGAGACGGCCAAGUGGAUCAAAGUCAAUGGCCAAGUUAAUCAACAAUAUGUUUGGAAAAAGGAGGAAAUCUGUGUAAAAGAUUACUAAGAAGCUGAAAUAAUGGCAGCACAGGCAGCACUUGGGAUCCAGUCAGUUCCUUCUAAAAGUCUCUAUUUUGAGGCCUAAGAUAGUGCAAGCCAAAGCUGGGAGACACAGUGGUGAAGUGGACAGGGUCUAGACGUAGAAGACUCCAGCUUCUGUUUCCAGUCCUUUUACAGAUUGUGUUAGGGCUAUGUCAUUUAAUCUCUGACCUGCCCCUCUUGCCCUUCAUCUCAUCACCUCUUUGGAGUAUGAGAGUUUUACCCUGCAUUCAUUCAACAUGAAAGCAACCUGGGAUAAUAGCUUCCAGGUGUAACAGUUCUUUCCAAUAAAUUCAGUCUUGCACUCAGCCCUGAUGACCAACAAUCUUGUUCUGGACUUUGAUGUUCUUUAUGGCAAGAACACUUGCACUGAAGAAAAACAAAAUACUGCUACUGCUUGCAUUAGCAUUUUUGUAUUUAACUCAAGGAAGCAAGACUUGGAUCAUCAUAUGCCCAAGGAUGAUGACACCUGCUGAGAUGAAUCAAAUGCUUAGACAGAGUAUACAAAGAUAUUUAACUGCAAAGCUGCUGGUCCUUGCAGAAGUACCAGAGGCAGGCAAACAAGGCAGUAUGGUCUCUUGUUCUAGUAUUGUUUUUGAGUGAUAAAAGAAAGUAGAGAUGGUUGAGGGGAGUGAGAAGUGAAAUGUUAGUGUGCAUGGGACUGUUCUUGGCAAGGCAUAGUUUAAUGAAAUCAUUUUAUACCUAGGGUCAAUAUGGGGUCAAUGUAACUUCUUGCACUUGUCGGGGCCAUCGCCAACAUGCACUGACUCCCUUUACAGUUUUCAUCUGCUGUAAUGAAGUCUACUUACCUGUAGCAUGGAUAUAUGCCUGCUCACUUUUAAUUGCGAGUGGAAGCUUGUAAAGCCCAUGUAUGUGUGCUGACACGAAGCAUGAGUUAUGGCCUGGAAUUAAAGGUCAGCCUGCUGGUAAGACCUGGGUUCCUAACUUGGGUGUAAUGCCUUUCCUAAAGGACCCAUGCUUUUAAAACCUAGUCAUUGUUAUGGUAUUGAAAUGCUAUGUGAGAGAGUACUAAAGAAUGUUAGCUACUCUUCUCCAAUGUGAAACAUCAGACAGGUCUAAAUAUGUUGCCGAUUGACAUUCAGAGCUCUGGCUGUAGACUUAACUAAAUAAGGACUUAGCCCAGUGUGUUUAAAAGUGCUGUCCUCAAACAGAAAUUAUGAAAGAAAAAGGAGUGAUCUGAAGGUGAAAGACUCCCUCUCACCACUGCCAGGGGACAGAGGGAAUCUCUGCAAGCUUCUGAGCUGAAGACUACCUCUGCUAGGAAGCUAUACCUGCCUAGAAG